GCACGUAAUAGAUUUGAUAAUGUUCUUAUAAAAUGUUAGUGAGUGUUAACCUUACCACACAACAACAACGAAAACAAUAUUUGUGCAAAGAUUUUUUCAAAUGCAGACAAUUAUUCGAAAACAAUAUACUUGUAUCACAGAAUGACAUCACUGCACAUGCUGGGUCACAUGGUUUCCAUGGCAAUCGUUGCAGCUCUGGUGAAACAGAUUGUACAGCUAAAUAGUCAGGUCAAUGAGUUAAAGGAAGAAAUAUCCAAACUUCACGGACAAAGCAAUUGUGAUCAAUGUGUCAAGGUGGCAGAAGGUGAUGAGAGACAAGAUAUUUCACCGAAAGACAACGAACAAAAACAUAUUCUUAAUAAUGUUCUCCUCUCAGAUGGCGAACAUAUCACUAUUGAAAGCAGUGAAAACCCAAAGGACGCUGCUGGCAAGAAUGAAGUCAUGAAUAAUGUAUUUUAUGAGAAUGAAAAGAGGCAUGAUGAAAAAAAUCCUUCUGAAAAACAUGGCCAAGAAAAUGAAAGUUUUAAACAUAUUGAUAAUAAAAAUAAAUAUAAGUCUGUUGAUUCAGAUACUUUAAAAGAUGAAUUUCAGGAUUUCAGGGAAUCAUCACAAUUGGCUGAUAGCCUGGCAAGCAAAGCCCAGUUUUCAUCUUCAGUAAUGUGCUAUGAAGGCCAAAAUGAACUUUGCAAGUUCGAGAGCAUAUGUUACAGUUCUCGUGUCCAACAGUUUGUUAUUUUUGUAGAUGAAAGUAGUAUUUUUGAUAAUGCAUUGACAAAAGAUGGGUCUGUAUCUGUAAGUUUGGUAUCAGUGCCCGGUCACAAUGCAAAAAGUAUUACCAUAGCAACCCUGCCCAGCAAAGUAUCAGGGAAUAUUGAUAUAAAGUGGGUCAACGAAAUGACUUUGUUGUUUCAGCGUUUUUUACCAGACAAUUUUAUGCACAUGUUUCAUGAUGAUUUGCUUCCAUUGCAUGACACAUUGCAGUUUGUUCAGUCGCAUCAUUCUUGGGAAAGCAAUCAGCCGUAUAAUGUCAAAUUGUUCAUUUUUGAAGAGGAAGACAAUCAAUUAUCAGAAAUUGAUAAAUAUUAUUCAAUAUUUUCAAAACAUGAAAUAAUGUUUAAAAGUGAUUUUAAAGAUUUUCCAACAGAUUUUACAUGUUUUAAAUCCAUGUUUGUUGGUCUAUCAAAAACGACACUGUGGUAUGACUAUGGAUUUACCCAACCUCAGGGUCCUUUGGCAAACAUAAAAGUGAAAGGGUCACACAUCAGAAGAACUGCAGCAUUUAUUAAACAAAAUAUGCCAAGCAACUCCAGGACAGUGGUGGCGUCAAACUAUGUGGUGUUAUUUACCAGGAAAGAAAAUAGAAAGAUAUUGAAUGAAAUUGAUCUUACAUUAGCCAUCAUGAAGUCUACAGGAAUACAGGUUGUGUCGUUGGAUGGGGCUGUACACUCAUUAGCAGAAAUUAUAAGCUAUGUGAAGAACAGUAUGGGAGUCAUCGGGAUGCAUGGCUCUCUGCUUGUAUUGAGUAUGUUUUUAAAACCAGGUUCAUUAGUGUUGGAGUUAUUUCCCUAUGCCAUAAAGGCUGAACACUACACACCAUAUAAAACUUUGUGUGAAAUAGAUGGCAUGUCCUUAAAGUACAAGUCUUGGACCAAUCAGAAACAAGAGAAUUCAGUGGGGCACCCUGAUUGGUCAGAUGAAAUUGGAGGAUUGAGUCACCUGGAAGAGGCUGCAAGGGAGGCCAUUCAGAAUCAGAAAGAGGUUCCACUUCAUUUGUGCUGCAGUGAUCCCUCUUGGCUGUAUCACAUUUACCAAGACACAGUCACGGAUAUUAAUCAGGUCUUAGCAGUAUUGAUGGAGAUACUCAGCAACAGCAAAUUGGAGACGGAACAAAAUUUUAUUAAGCCUGCGGUUUACCCUUCAAAAAUUAUAAAUGUGUCUUGUGUGUAUACUUGUCGAAAAGGUGCAGAUUUAUGUAAUGUUUCUUUAACUUGGGAAACCCCAUGGAUAUUGGAAUAUGUGUUAUAUAGUGAUCUUCAGUACGACAUUAUCCUUCAAGAUGGGCAAACAGGAACAAAUGGCAAUAUUAAAAUGUGGACAGUUGACAUUAACAAUUUUGAUGUUGAGUUACCUGCAAGAUCUUACUUGCACCUACCUCAGAAAUUCCAUGUAUGGAUUAGAGGAAAAUUUAAUGAUAAUAUAAAUGGUCCAUAUAGUGAUUCAUUUUUAUGCAAUCUUGGCUGAACUGUUGAACUAUGAAUUAAAGUCAAAUUAUUAUUUUUCAUGUUCCUUUCAUUGUUAAGAAACCACCUUCGUGUUUAUGCAUGACCUAAAGACAAGAAACUAGCCAACAGGACAAAGCUUUUUAA